UUUAACUCGUUUUAUCCCAAAAUUUUUAUUUACCAGUCGAAUAAUCGAACAAGACUUGGUUCUCGAUUCUACUCUUCUGAGCCAAGAGCGGUAACAUUGAUACCAGGAGAUGGCAUUGGGCCAGAGAUUUCAAACUCUGUCAAGGAAGUAUUUGCUGCUGCCAAUGUUCCUAUUGUGUGGGAGGAAGUGAGUGUGACCCCAAUUAUCCUUCCCGAUGGCCGCACCACCAUUCCCCCAGCAGCCAUCAACUCAAUGAACAAGAACAAGAUUGGCCUCAAAGGUCCCCUUGAAACAAAGAUUGGAAAAGGACAUGUGUCUCUCAAUCUCACACUAAGAAAGACAUUUGAGCUUUAUGCAAAUGUGCGUCCUUGCCGGUCAAUUGAGGGAUAUCCUACUGCUUACAAUGACGUUAACCUGGUUACCAUCAGGGAAAACACAGAGGGAGAAUACAGUGGCAUUGAGCACGAGGUUGUGAAUGGGGUUGUGCAGAGUAUUAAACUGAUCACCAGGAAGGCAUCAAUGAGGGUGGCUGAGUUUGCAUUCAGCUAUGCCAAGGCCAACAACAGGGGUUCUGUUGUUGCUGUCCACAAGGCAAACAUUAUGCGGCGCUCUGAUGGACUAUUCCUGCAGUGUUGCCGUGAAGUUGCUGAGAAGAACAAGGAUAUAAGAUACAGUGAAAUGUAUCUGGACACUACCUGCCUCAAUAUGGUAAAAGACCCAAGUCAGUUUGAUGUUCUUGUCAUGCCGAAUCUGUAUGGAGACAUUCUCAGUGAUCUCUGCGCUGGGCUUGUUGGCGGCCUAGGUGUCACGCCUAGUGGGAAUAUCGGUGCUGAUAAUGUUGCUAUAUUUGAGUCGGUUCACGGAACAGCACCUGAUAUUGCCAGCCAAGAUAAAGCGAACCCCACGGCCCUGCUGCUCAGUGCGGUCAUGAUGUUACGCCACAUGAAGCUGAAUUCUCACGCCGACGCUGUGGAGAAGGCGGUACUCAAGACCAUCAGCGAGGGAAAGAUGAUAACGGGUGACCUUGGAGGCAAAGCGAGCUGCUCACAGUUCACCCAAGAGAUAUGCCGUCACUUGUAGUUUCUCCCUCUUUACGACUUACCUUUUUUAUCCAUAUCACUCUCAGCAACUAAAAGCAUUUUAUUUGAGUAUUUAUAAAUACCUGAAUACCUGAAAUCAGCUCUUUCUGGCAUAGAAACUUUCUUGUUGAUUCGUAUGCGCCGAAUAGGCUGCUUUUUGUCGUAGUAUUUUGCCAAUAGCCGGAGGGCGUGAUGUCACGUGAUUUCGUGCAAGUAGCAUAUAUCCUACGAUAUUUUCUGUGUCACUGACAUGGGUGGGGCUUAUUUUCAAAUUCAUAAAAUGGCAGCCAGGUUUAGGUUCCGGACAAAGGGGUAACGAAAUUGCGUGACUUUUGUAUUUUUUGCAUUACGUUCAGUAUAAAUUCGUUUAGAAAUUAUCAUUAAAAUUUAUCAGCUUUGUAAAAUAUUCUUUUUGGAGAAGAAGUAACGCAGCCGUUUAUGGUGAAAAAAUAUUUAUGCUUUAAUUCAUGGGUAGUUGUAUCAUGCUUCUUGGCGGUUUUAAAUGAAGAUUACUAUAGAAUAUUACAUUGUGAAUAAUUUCUCAAAUAAUAAAACGAUUAUCUUACA